AUGGAUCCCAACGGUACUUUCGCCCGCAGUUUCGAUGAAUCUCUGAUCCGCGAACUACCUCACCUCCGUAUAGCUCCUCUCCGUGAGCCGGUGUCGUCUCGCAGCCUCAGAAUCCCUCUGACUCUCGAGCCAAAUGCCAGCGGAACUUGGGAUUCCAAUUCGGCAUCGAAAGCUAGCGGUCCUGCCGGGAUUCUACCUCCCCGCAAUGAACCCAGCGGCACAGCGAUAGAGGGCACAAACACAACGCGACUGAAGAAUGACCUCGCCCCGGAAUCGCUCUUAGAGGCUCCCCCACGACCGAUACUACCGGCAUUCGUGAACCUCCGUGCCCUCGAGCGAUUUCCCUAUUCUUCGUUUGACGAUGACAGCCAUCAAGCUCGCAAGCGACGGCGCGUUGAUACGCAGCCGGAAUCAUUUGGAGAGCACCUGCAAUUGCCCAUCCCGCAAGCGCAGAAAGAACAAAGACCUCCGCCAUUUGGACCGUUUGCUAUCCUCAACGGGCUGAAUGAGCCUCCGCCCAACGCUGCUUUGCUCCCACCCAUCGAGGCUGGAUCAGUUACGCAGCUGUUGACCAAACCAUCGCGGGACAAUAUUGAUGUAGAGCCAACACUAUUGGCUACGAAUUUCGGCCCCGAUGUUCAAAGUGGUGAAAGGAGAGAGGGGAGAAUUGCAGAUAUCUUGGAUUCUCCCAUCGCCGAGAAGCCCAAUCCUUACGAGAGCAUUCCCGAUCCCGGCAGAGUCGAUAAACCAGAGCCGGAACGGAACUUGGGGGAUCGUGGGGAAGGAUCACAGCCCGCUCAAGGUGCUGGGUCAACGGAUGCGCCCCUUUCACCUAGGACAAGAGGCCGGUCGCGAAAGAACAUUCGGAAAUGGAGCGACGAAGAAACCGUCGCUUUACUGCGUGGAGUUAUAAAAUGUGGCAUCGGUAAUUGGAAGGAAGUUUUAGCGCAGCAAGAAUCGAGCUUUAACCGACGCAGCGCGUCGAACUUGAAAGAUAGAUUCCGCGUCUGCUGCCCAUCCGCUUAUCGCGCCUCAGCUCCCGAUGAAGCUAUACAGCACAUUCGUGAUGCUCUCGCCAAAGUCCUUUCACGAGUUGAAGGUGAUUCUUCCUCGAAGGGAACUCCUGGACGUCAGCCUUUCCUGGCCGAGCGGGCACCACCGUCUUUGGCGGGUCCUCCAGGACUUACCCACAGUGGGUCGUCAUCUAGCUUUUCUUCGUUGGAGACGACCCAAAAUAGCCCUAAAAACCACCGGCGGAGCAAUUCCGUGUCAGAAAAUGCCCAACCAUCGUCUAGCAGACCCGAGUCCACACUUGAGUCUUUGGGCCUAGAAGAGCUAUAUAAUACCCCCGCAAAAUCCAGACGUCGUUCUCGGCGUCCAUUCACCACCGCAGAGGACGAGGCUUUAUUGAAAGGAUAUUCCGUUCACGGUUUCCAAUGGACGCUUAUCCAGCAAGACAAGGAUUUAAACCUCGGUCAUCGAAGGGCGACUGAUCUGCGGGAUAGAUUCAGAACCAAGUUCCCCCACGCAUAUCGCGACGGAGGCCCUGUUCGCGGCAGUGCGUUGUCAACGCAGACGACGAAAGAUACGGUCCUGAAAGACGGAACGAAUCGCGCGCCUAAAAGCAAGCAGUAUUCUCAGGAUACCAAGCCUCCUUCCUCCGAUUGGCGUCCCAGCAAGCCCGAGGACCUAAUAUCGAGUACUACAGGACUUCCGGCGGUUCGAGAGAGUUUGGCAGGUGUACCGCCCGCUGGAUUCCCGUUCCCGUUGGAUGAGGGAUCCACAAACGUUGCCAGUCUAGACUUACCACCGCUGAUUUGGGACGACCUUCCUUGA